AUGAAUGUACAAGGCUUGUCUGAAUUUUCUGUCGUCGCAAAACCGGUCGAACCAACAAGUAGUGACAGCGUACUCUACGACGUUUUUUCAUCAUUUGUCGAAAACGGCACAGUACACAAUUACUUCCUAGUGAAUGGAAUUGGUUUUUCUUCAAGUUCUCCAUCUUAUAGUGCUCAAAUUCCGACCAUCAAGUGUCUGGAUUCCGAGCACGACCAACUUCCACCAAUCAACUCGUUUGUCAGUGCGAUAAACAAAGCAAUUGCAGUCCCUUCAAGUGCAAUUGAGUGUCCAAAUGGGAACCUAUUUCACGUUGCGGUCAAUAACAUUGAUUUUGCAUUAUGCAAAUUGGAUUCGUUGGGGUUUGCAAUGCAAAGCAGCGAUAUGGACGUGAAGGUUGAGUAUCUCAACACCUACAAGGACUCUACAAUCCCUAUUCCAGAUUCAACUUUGAACUGCGGCACAAUGGCAGUUCCUAGCUCCAUUACACCAAUUGGAAGAUCGUUGCUGACCGGAGGAUCGAUUCCCCAAAGCAAUGUGAGGAGCUUGAAAGCUGCGUUCAAACUCCCGUUCCAGAAAUCUCGAUCUUCUUGUUUGUGCAAAUCUGCACGUCGUCCGUGCAUUUUCGUUCAUGGUUUGGGUAUAAAGGAAGAAAUGCCGACGAACCAGGAUAACUUCACGCACUACUGGGGUGACCACUUGUUCAAACACGCGCCGUGCUGUUCAUCACUCAAAUUUACGCAUUUGAAUACAGUAGAAAAUAUGUGGACCAGCCCAAAGCUGCAACAAAAAGUGUGUGAUCGUGUUCUGGCAGUGAGUGAUAGCAGCACGAAUAUUGCAAUCGUUGACACUAUCGUUGUUACGCACUCAAUGGGUAAUCUCAUGUUUGCUGGUGCACUUGCCAAUGGAAUCUGCAAGCUAGGCCCUAGCUCAACGUGGGUGGGCUUGGCGGCACCUAUGAUGGGAAGUAUGUGCUCAGAUUUUACCCAGAAGUCCUGUGCUGGUAAUACCAAUGCCUUCUGGGAAAAAAUCGGAGACAUCACGGGUCGAUGUCCUCCAACCACUGCGUUGAAAUCGCUGGCAUACCAGGGUGAAAAGUAUAGCAAUAAGAGCUUGGAUGCAAUGUACGUAGCUGCACAGGAAACGUAUACGAAAAACGUGUACGCAGCAAUGUGUGGCAAAUCAAACUCCGGGAUUGUAUCCAAAUACCAAGUAAAAUUUUGGGCUUUGGGAAGGCUUGUUCCUCACAAAUCACCCGAUAAUGAUGGCAUGGUAGAGUUUCAGAGCUGCGCUGCAGGGAUUCCUCGAUCGAACUUUGGUAACUCCUGGAAAGAUCGUUUUUACGUGACACAUUUGAAUCAUUUUGAUAUGGAGUUUCUGUCUGGUGAUUCAGUGUUCAACGAGAAAAAGAUGCCUGUGAAAUGGUUUGAAUGCUUGCUGUAG